CACAAUACUGAGACUCGAGUCUCUAGACACAGCGACCCGUCACACAACAUGACAACAAUCUAAUGUGAUAUUCUGUGAACAAAACCGCUUUUGUUGGAGUAUUUUUACAUCAAUUGGACUAAAAGAACGGCACAUCUUACUGAAGAGGAGGGGUCAACUGAAACAGACUUUUAGCAUUCAGGGCAAGAGAGGAGGCAGACGUGUCAGAACUGACGAGAAAGGAGACCCUGCUACAAUCUGGAGGGCUUAUCCUGGGCUGACUGGCAAACACGGGUGUGGCUCUCUGUCCGGAGCUACUGACCUCAGCCCUGCUGUCAUGGCAUCAGCCCUCACACCAUGCAGAAAGCACCCCUCCUAACCCUCAUACCUCACACACACUCACACCACACUUCACCACACACACACACAGCCAUGAUGACCACCUCCCACAUGAACGGAUAUGUGACUGAGUCAGAUGGCGGGGGAGGCACUGACAUGCUGGAGGAGGUGCAGAGGCACAGGGAGAUGGCGGUGGACUGUCCCAGUGAGCUGGGUGCUCGUACCCUGCCUGUCAGACGCAGUGCCCAGCUGGAAAGGAUUCGCCAGCAACAGGAGGACCGCAGGAGACGAGAGGAAGAGGGCCGCAACCGGCAGGAACUCGACCUUAACUCGUCCAUGCGCCUCAAGAAACUUUCCCAAAAUCCCAAGGUGGGCAUCGAUAACCCCACCUUUGAGCAAAUGGAAGGUCCCGGUGGUUCCAUAGGUGGUCUUCAGAGCCUCACUGCACCACCAACUUUACUAGAGCUGGAGGACCUGUUGAUGUCCCUCAAGCAGGUGCAGCAUAGUUUAAAUGACUCUCAGAGUCAAGAGGACGUGGAGCUGGUUCUACAGCUGGUCCAGAAGCCUGACUUCCAGAAAGCCUUCAACAUUCACAACGCCGUGGCCUACAAUAUGAACCGGCCCAGCCCUCCCUACCCCCUGACGGAUCACGCACUAAUCCUCGCACAAGAGGUCGAGGUCAUGAUGCACAACAGCUCACAGAAGGAUGGACUUGAGUUAAGCAGCCUGCUCAGGACAUCUCACAUGCAGGCACUUAUGAUGGCCCAUGACAGUGUGGCUGAACAAGAGAUGCAGCUGGAGCCUCUUGUUCCUUCUGUCAAUGCAAGUGAGACUCUCACCCAGUGGGGCGGGGAGACUGUCAAAAUCGUGCGGAUUGAGAAAGCCAAGGACGUCCCAUUGGGGGCAACUGUUAGAAACGAUAUGGACAGCGUGGUCAUCAGCCGCAUUGUGAAAGGAGGGGCGGCAGAACGCAGCGGCCUCCUGCACGAAGGAGACGAGGUCCUGGAGAUCAACGGUGUGGAAAUCCGUGGCAAAGACGUCAACGAGGUCUUCGAUAUCCUGGCGGACAUGCAUGGCGUACUCAGUUUCGUUCUCAUCCCCAGCGCGCAGAUCAAACCACCUCCCAUUAAAGAGACUGUGACGCAUGUGAAGGCGCAUUUUGACUACGACCCCUCAGAUGACCCCUACGUGCCGUGCCGAGAGCUCGGCCUGUGCUUUCAGAAGGGAGACAUCCUCCACAUAAUCAGCCAAGACGACCCCAACUGGUGGCAGGCCUACAGAGAUGGGGACGAAGACAACCAGCCUCUUGCUGGCCUGGUCCCUGGCAAAAGUUUCCAGCAGCAGAGAGAGGCAAUGAAGCAAACCAUAGAGGAGGAUAAAGAGCCUGAGAAAUCAGGAAAACUUUGGUGUGCUAAAAAGAACAAGAAGAAGCGAAAGAAGAUGCAAUACAAUGCUAACAAAAAUGAUGAUUUUGAUAAUGAGGAGAUUCUCACAUAUGAAGAGAUGGCACUAUACCACCAGCCAGCCAAUCGCAAACGGCCCAUUGCUCUAAUCGGCCCACCGAACUGUGGGCAAAAUGAGCUCAGACAAAGACUCCUCUCCAGUGAGCCGGACAGGUUUGCUGGCGCUGUUCCUCACACUACACGAAGCCGUCGUGAUGUUGAGGUGAAUGGCCGCGACUACCACUUUGUGUCCCGUCAGGUUUUUGAGAUGGACUCUGCAGCAGGGAAGUUUAUAGAGUCUGGAGAGUUUGAAAAGAACCUCUACGGUACCAGCACAGACUCGGUCCGACAAGUCAUCAACACGGGCAAAAUCUGCCUACUGUGUGUACACACUCAGUCUUUAAAAGUGUUGCGCAGCUCGGACCUCAAGCCCUACAUCAUCUUCAUUGCUCCUCCAUCCCAGGAGCGAUUGAGAGCCCUCUUAGCUAAAGACAACAAAAACCCAAAGCCUGAGGAGCUGAGAGACAUUAUCGAGAAGGCCCGGGAGAUGGAGCAGAACUACGGCCACCUGUUUGACGCCGCCAUUGUUAACACUGACCUGGACAAGGCCUACCAGGAGCUGCUGCGUCUCAUCAAUAAACUAGACACUGAACCUCAGUGGGUCCCCUCAUCCUGGCUGCGCUGAGGUGACCCCCACUCACAGCGACCCCUCCACAGACAGAUGUAAAUGAAGAGCAGAUAGAAUCACACACUCUCGGGUGUCAUAGAGUUGAAUGAAUACCGCUGUUUUUAUACCCCAGCAUUGGACACUAGAUAAGGACACCACGCCCCCUCAUACCUGGACAGAAGUGUCUGUCUGCACUGUCGGCAGGCUUAGGGAAGGAGUUUUUAUGUCAUAAUUUGUUUGAUCAUGAUGUGUUUUUGAGUCCGUUUAGCCACAUUCCAGUGAGAGAGAGUGACCAGCACUUGGUGCAGCAGUAGAAUUAGGGCUUCUAUACUGCUUUUGAUAACUAUUUAUGAUUGUAAAUAUUCUAUAUGUAUUUUUAAAGAAGUUUUUGGACAAAUGUGGAGAUGGGUUUGCAUUGCGGAAAAGCAACUGUACUAAAAGUCACCGUUUUAAAAAGUCCGGUGAGAUAUUCAGACUCCAGAACACGUUUGGCUCCCUGACAUUAUUAGUGGACAAUGACAUUUGUGCACUCUGUUUCCUCCUCUUUUCACCCUUAACCUUUGAUGUUCGAUGUGACCAGAACUUCCAGCAGUGAGUUCAGUGCCCAUUGUGUCUGAACAACUCUUUUAACCUUACAAGACACCAAAAGGGAUAACUCUUGAAGCGACUGAUGCCUUCUAUCCCUGUGGCGCUGCCUGAAUGUUCCUAUGGCAAGCAACACUGUGAUUAGGACAGAGUUUAAUAGUAAACUUGAUGUUUUUUGAGAGUUUGUCUGGCCACAUCUGAACAUAGCUGCAAUAUGUAAGCGGCUAAAUUUAAGUCUAUGCUCUCUGUCUCAGUAUUCACACGCACUUCCAGCACUCAGAAGUGUAACCAGUAUUGUAAACAGUAUUUGACAGCAAUACAAUGAGGUUCACCAUCUGAGCGUCAGCACGGCCUAGUCUUAGUCAAUGCUUCUGCACAAUUUAAAUUUGUUUCCUUUGUGAUUUGUUUUUGAUUGGAUUCGAAGGUUCUGUGUUGUGUUUUACCCAUUUCAACAUGAGCAAAGGGCUUGUGGUGAUGCUCUACAUUAUUAGGGUCUCAUGAAACUUGUGAAGAACAUGUCCUGGUUAUAUUUCACCCUAAAUCAGAAAGAAAAACGGGCUUCAUUACCUUUAAGAAAAGCAUUAAGCAUUAUAAUCUUUUUAGGUUCUGAUAUUAUCAAUUGAGCAUUUUCCUCCAAAUUCUCAUGAGAUAUUUCUUGUACCCUUAAUUUGCGCUCAUAAAAUCAUAUGGUGUGUAUUGUUAUUGUCACUGUUCAAUCUCUGAAUUGCUUUUGAAAAUUAUUAAUAAAAUAAUUCGACUUUUUUACGGUAAAAUAAAACAGCUUAAUUGUGUGACAAUAAUGUGGUUAAAAACAGGCUCCAUUUACUUUAUACAAUAUGUUUUUUUUUUUUUUUUUUUUUUUUUUUUUGGGGGGGGUGUAAUCUCACCUGGACGAGUUUCAUGAGAUUCUUCCAUUAGACUUUGGAUUAUCAAAAGUAUGAAUGAAACAUCAGCUCUGUGUUGAGGUGAGGGGUGUGUGUGUGUGUGGAUGGUAUGCUUGUGAAUGCAGGAUUUUGGGGUGUGUGAGUGCAAAUGGAAGUAGAGAACUCUUGAUCUUGAUGCACAGAAAGGUGUGUGUGUGUGUAUGAUUGAUAACAACUCUUUUAAAGGAAGGACUGUCAGUUAUUGCAGGCAAGUAUUAUCUCCAUAGCUGAUUCAAGCACACACUGCAACCAGCUUUAAUGAGAUUUGUUCUGCAGAACUGUUUUUACUGUUGUUGUUGUUUUUCUUUUCUUGAGAUAAUCAGUGUGUAUUUAGAAAACAACCUAAAUAUUUUUUUAAUGUACAGAAUAGCUCAGACACUAGGAAAACACACCGUUGAGGUUUUUACUCUUGUGCACUACAGUUUGGUUUGUGUUCUGAGUGUGGACGAAGCCGGUAACCCGCUGUGUCUCAUGUGAUCUAGUUACAUGCCAGUCAACUGGAAGUAGAAUUAAUGAAUGUAAAAGAAGAAUCACCUUACCUUCUCAACUGUUUUUGUAUGAAUUAUACAAGUGAAUUAAAGCCCAGAUUAAUAGUG